AUGCUUUCCAGAACAAGUACUAAGUUUUUCAGAAAAUCGCUACAGAUCCGUUACUUCUCCCAGUUACCUCUUAAAGUACCUAUCAAGUUGCCUAAUGGUCUAGAGUACGAACAACCAACUGGGCUUUUCAUAAAUAACAAAUUCGUUCCUUCCCAACAGCAUAAGACUUUUGAAGUCAUUAACCCAACUACAGAGGAAGAAAUUUGUCAUGUUUACGAAGGUAGGGAGGAGGACGUAGAUAUCGCUGUCAAUGCUGCUGAUAAGGCAUUCAGUGGUGAUUCUUGGUCCAGAAUUGACCCAUUUGAAAGAGGUACUGCUCUAUACAGAUUGGCUGAAUUAAUCGAGAAGGAUAAGGAAGUUGUUGCCUCGAUUGAAUCCUUGGAUAAUGGUAAAGCAAUCAAUUCUGCUAGAGGCGAUGUGCAAUUGGUUAUAAACUAUCUAAAAUCUGCAGCUGGCUUUGCAGAUAAAAUCGAUGGUAGGUUAAUCAACACUGGUAAAACGCAUUUCUCAUAUACGAAGAGAGAACCCUUGGGUGUAUGUGGUCAAAUUAUUCCAUGGAAUUUCCCUCUUUUGAUGUGGGCUUGGAAAGUGGCUCCAGCUUUGGUUACAGGAAAUACAGUAGUUUUGAAAACCGCAGAAUCAACACCUUUGUCGGCUCUUUAUGUAUCACAAUUCAUCCCACAUGCAGGGGUUCCACCCGGUGUAGUUAAUAUUGUUUCAGGUUUUGGUAAAAUUGUUGGUGAGGCCAUUACCGCACAUCCAAAAGUUAAAAAAGUUGCAUUCACUGGUUCGACUGCUACUGGUAAACAUAUUUAUCAACAAGCUGCAGCAUCUUUGAAAAAAGUUACAUUGGAACUGGGGGGUAAGUCUCCAAAUAUUGUCUUUGCUGAUGCCGAUUUGACCAAAGCAGUACAAAAUAUAAUUCUUGGUAUUUACUACAAUUCAGGUGAAGUUUGUUGCGCUGGGUCAAGAGCUUAUGUAGAAGAAUCAGUCUAUGACAAAUUUGUAGAAGAAUUAAAAGCAGCUGCUGAAAACGUUAAAGUUGGUAAUCCAUUCGACGAGAGCACUUACCAGGGUGCCCAAACAUCUCAAAUGCAAUUGGACAAAAUUUUGAAAUACGUUAACAUUGGUAAAGGUGAGGGUGCUUCGUUAAUUACAGGAGGUGAAAGAUUUGGCUCAAAAGGUUAUUUUGUGAGACCAACCAUUUUUGGUGAUGUUAAAGAAAAUAUGAGAAUAGUAAAAGAAGAAAUCUUUGGUCCAGUCAUUACAAUAACAAAAUUCAAAACUGUAGAUGAGGUCAUUGAUAUGGCUAACGAUUCAGAAUACGGUCUUGCUGCAGGUAUUCAUACUACAAAUAUUAAUAAUGCGAUCAAAGUAGCUGAUAGAGUUAAAGCAGGUACUGUCUGGAUUAAUACCUAUAAUGAUUUCCAUCAUAACGUACCUUUCGGAGGUUUCAAUGCUUCAGGCUUGGGAAGAGAAAUGGGUACCGAAGCUAUCGAUAACUACACCCAAGUUAAAGCCGUUCGUGCUGCCAUCGAUUGA